AUGUUUACAUUGUUAGGUGAAGUAAACUUGUGGACUUUCGACGAUAAUAUUAAUAUAAAGAGUACAGACUUUGGUGCAUUUCGAUAUCAUGAUAAGCGUAUUGAUAAUUUACAUGAAGAAGGAAAAAGAUCCUAUUGUCAGAAACGUGAUAUGAUAUAUGUACCAGCAAAUAAAAAAGGAAAUAAAUUAAAAGAUUGUAUUAAAUAUCUAGAGGAACAACUGAAAGACAAUUCAAUUAUAUAUUGCCAGUGGUAUGAUGACUGUGUUUUACAGUUAAUGUUAAGUAAUGCAUUAUUAAUACAUAUACAAGUUAACAUUGCUACUGGUGAUGUGUCUAAAAUAACUUUUGAUAAAUACCUUGUAGGAAAAUUGUUAGAACAUAUUUCAGAUGUGAUAAUUACUAAAAAUUGUAUUCUUUGCACCUAUAAUGAUAAUCAAGUAACUAUUGUACAUUUUACAAGAUCAAAAAGACAUGUCUUUGAUAAAAUUAAUAAACUUGAACCAAAAUUAUCCACAAUGGAUCUGUUUGGUCCUAAUGGUCGUAGAUUGGAUAAAAAAGUACAAACUACUAAAUGUGGUGAUUUGAUAUUAAUUUGGUGGAAAUCUACAAUGAAUGAAGUUUAUCCUUGGAGUCCUGCUGUAAAGGAACAUGAUCGUGCUAACAUACAUCUUUAUCGUUUAUUAGGAGUAAAAUUAGAAUUAAUUUGUUAUAUACGUAGUGAGUUUGAUCCUUUAUGUAUAAUGUUUGAUGCAUGUAAUGAUAAUAUUAUUCAUUCUGUAGAACAAAAAGUAUCAAGAAAGGGAGAGGUGACUAUAGAAUGGCGUACAUAUGAAGUUUCCCAACAAGAUAAACUUCAAAGAAUAGCAAUGGUUUCUGUACCAUUGCCCACACAUACAAGUUGUGUAAAAUUUUCACCAACCCAAGAGUUAUUGUUAUUAUGCUGUAUAGAUGGUUCUGUUAUAAUUUAUGAUCAGACUAGAGCCACUACUACCAGUGUAAAAGCAGCUUUUAUACCUACAUUGGCAUCAUGGCAUAGUGAUGGAAUAAUAUUUGUUGUCGGAAAUGACAAGGGUCAGUUCCAACAUUUUGAUGUUGCUUUGUCAUGUAUUAAGAGCCAAAAAAGAAAAAAAGAAAAAAAAGCCAAUAUUCUUGAUUUGUCCUCAUAUUUUAGGAUUCAACCAGCAUUAUUGCGCAUGGAAUGGAAUAAAAAGAAUGAUUUAAAUUGUUAUAUUGAUCUACAUAAUCAUGGAAAUUCCUUUAAUAGAGGACCUGUAGGUGUCAUCAAAAUGUUGGAAGGAAAUUCUUUCACUGGUGAUGUAUUAGUCAAGAGAUAUUUAUCUUUAUCACAAGUUGAACAAGCAACUUCUUUAUUGCUAUCUAUGAAUUGGGAUAUUCAUCCCCGUGCAUGUAUGCAUGCACUAAAUCAAAUUGUAAAUUAUUUGUUUAAAUUGCCAUUGACAACUGAACGUGAAAAUCUUAUACAAAAUGCAUUGGGUAGUUUUCAUGUGCCAGUUAAACCAAUAAGUCAAGCCAUUGAAGAAGAAUAUGGAGAUGAAAUAAGAGAUUUAACACGACGAUUUUUCCACCACUUAUUAAGGUACCACAUGUUUGAAAAAGCUUUCAGGCUUGCUAUAGAUUUGAACGAUCAUGACCUUUUUAUGGACAUACAUUUUUAUGCACUAGUUUUAAAUGAUACAGCAAUGGCAACUGCAGCAAAAGAAAAUGCUGAACGUAUAUUAAGUAGAUCAAAUAGCUGCAGUAGUUCACACUCGACAUGUUCUAGAGCAUCCUGUUCAUUAUGCUCUGAUUCAGCAAGUGAUAAAGGAGAAGAAUCCUGCAGUGAUGAAAGUGAAAAUUCAUCAAAGGAAAAUCAAACUGAUAUAAAACAAUCAAAAAGCCAUAAUUACAAGAAAGAAUCCAACUGCCAAAUUCCACCCUUACCAGUUCUCCAUCCUCAUCCCCUUAAUAAAAACUUAUUAUCUGCAUCAUUUACUGAUGUUUCAUGUGGUGAAAAAACUGAUUGUAAUAUAGAGUCAAGAUCUUUCACUGUACCUAGCAGUACUCUUACCACAACUUCGUAUAAUCAGUCAACACAUUUUUCACUUUCAAAUACAUUUUUUACAUCAACAUCAUUCAACAAACCACUAUAUAAAACUCAUACAAAUCCAACAUCAAUAUCUACAAUGACUUCUACUAAUAGUUCACAGUCUUUCAAUAAUGUUUCUGAUGACUUAAUGACAACUUCAUUCGGAAGUUUAUCUUUAAAUGAACAAAAAACAGCGGUAUCUAAUCGUCUUACUGAAAACUCUGUGGAUACUACAUUGAACACAGUUCUGCGUGGUGAAAUACAAUUCCCUCUUGACAAAAUAUCUAAUGAUACAAUAACAACAAAUUUAGUUCAAGAUAACAGCUUUAUGUCAACACCUUUUAAUAAUCCAACAUAUGAAUCAGUUACAUCAGAUGUUUCUUCUGAUUUGUUGAGAUCUUCAUUAGAUAACAUAGAUAAUAAUAUUAUGACAACAUCUUUUAGUACACUAGGUACAGAUAUUGCAAAUCCAUAUAAUUCGUUUAACGAUUUAGUGGCUACUAAAUCUGAAUCUAACACUCCUCCAUCUCCUCUGAAAACUAUGAAGUCAUCUGUUACAAUGAAUGACUUCACAUCUAAAGCACUUCCCGAUUCUGUUAUAGUAAAUAAAUUAACAUCUAGUUUUCAUAAUAGUCAUAGUAAUCUUGCAUCUACUUCGUUUAAUUUUCUUGAAAAUCAAAUACAAGAUUCUUGUAAUAGCAGUUUGAAAAGUCUUAAUAAUGAAGAUAAUCAUAAUGUUAUUAAGUUGCAACCAUCUUUUAUGACAAAAAAACAAGUAGAUUUCAAUAUUCCACCACCACCUUCUUUAACAAAUUCAUUUACAAAUCAUUUUCAAAGUCUUCCAAAAAAGAAUCUUCCUUUAUCUAGAAGUACAUCUGGAUUAGCAGAUAUUGAUGAAUCUAUUCAAAAAUUUUCGUCUAUUAGGACGAGAAAUGUCACAUCACAUGUAUUACAAAGACAAAAUUCUGCAUCCAACAUUUUACAAGAUCAACACAAAUAUAGCAAUACUAAACCUUCUAGGUACAGACUCAAUUAUGACUUUAAUUACAUUUCUCUUCAUGGAAGUUGUGAUAAUAUUGAUAUGCAUUCCUCUACUAAUAAUAUAAAAUUAACUAGUUCACAAUUUUCUUCUACAUGUGGUACACAGAACAGAUUUGAUAGUAGACAUUCAAAAUUAGUAUUAUCACAAAAUAGUACAAAUACUAGUAUUAGUAAAGAGUCAAAAAUAUCUUCCAACAUUCCACCUUUACCUAUCAUAUCACCCCCUACUUCUAGUGCUAUAUCCUGCUCUCCGUUUUCUACCUUCACAGAUACAACAUUAACAACAAAUGAAAAACCAAAAGUUAAAUUUUCAGAUACAGUAACACACAUAUUGGUACCUGGUUCUGGUCAAUCACAUAAACAAAAACGUUCUACAAUUACUCAAGUACAUUUAACUGAUCCAAAACGCGAGUUAGCGGAAAGCCUUCCAUUAUGUCUUGGAAAUGAAGACUACCUUAAAGAUUUUCAACCACUAUCAAAAGAAAACAUCCAUGAUAAAGUAAAAGAAUCUGCAAGACCAGAAGAAGGUUCCAAAAUAAAAGUUGUGCACUUUGGACUAUUAUAG